GGCGGCGGCAGCGGCCAUGUCGGUGUUCGUGACACGGCGGAUCCCGCCCGAGGGGCUGCGGGUGCUGUCCCAGGCCAGCGGGUGCCGGGUGCAGCAGUGGGACUCGGACGAGCCGGUGCCGCGGGCCGAGCUGCUGGCGGGCGUGGCGGGGACGCGCGGGCUGCUGUGCCUGCUCUCGGACCGCAUCGACCGCGAGGUGCUGGACGCGGCCGGGCCCGACCUGAAGGUCAUCAGCACUUUGUCGGUGGGCUUCGACCACCUCGCCCUGGACGAGAUCAAGAAGCGGGGGAUCCGUGUGGGGUACACCCCCGACGUGCUGACCGACGCCACCGCUGAGCUGUCCGUGGCCCUGCUGCUGGCCGCCUGCCGCCGGCUGCCGGAGGCAACAGAGCAGGUGAAGAGUGGUGGCUGGACAACGUGGAAGCCCCUGUGGAUGUGUGGGUAUGGCCUGUCCGACAGCACCGUGGGCAUCAUCGGGCUGGGCAGGAUAGGACAGGCAGUUGCCCGGCGCCUGAAGCCGUUUGGGGUCAGGAAGUUCCUGUACACUGGCAGUGGCCCAAAACCGGAGAGUGCGGCAGAGUUUGGGGCUGAGUUCGUCCCUCUCACGAGGCUGGCCGAGGAGUCAGACUUUGUAGUGGUGACUUGUGCCCUGACGCCAGCUACCCAGGGGAUGUGCAACAAGGACUUCUUUGGCAGGAUGAAGAAGACUUCUGUGUUUGUCAACACAAGCAGGGGGGCUGUGGUGAACCAGGAGGACCUGUACGAGGCACUGGCCCAUGGCCAGAUCGCAGCUGCCGGCCUGGACGUGACCACUCCGGAGCCACUGCCUACUGACCACCCCCUGCUGUCCCUCAAGAACUGUGUGAUCCUGCCGCACAUCGGGAGCGCCACGUACGCCACCAGGAGCACCAUGGCAGUGCUGGCAGCCAACAACCUGCUGGCUGGGCUGCGAGGGGAGCCCAUGCCCCACGAGCUGAAGCUGUGAUGGCCAGGCCCUGCUCGAGCUGAAGCUGUGGUGGCCAGGCCCUGCUCCAGCAGUCGUGGGACGGACGCGGUGCCGAGGCCAGCCUGUGUCCCCUCCCCUGCGGUGGCCAGGAGCCAUUAAAGAGAAGCAGCCAAUGUGUUGUGCUCAUGUCAUUUGAGAACAGGCCCAGUGCUGGAGCGUGCUGUGGGUGCCAGCAGGCCAUGGGGAGGGGUUGGCCCUGGACUGGAGAAUGUUUGCCAAGCUGGAACUGCCGUAAGGGAGCUGCUGCAGCAGCAUCCAUCCUCAAAACCGGGCUCCUGGUCACAGGGAGAGGCCAGGAGUGCCUUAGCUGGGCUUGUAGCCAGGAGGGGAGGAGAGGUAGCAGCUUUGUCCAUGCAGGCUGCUGCUGCCACAGGAGCUGCUGCCAGCCCACACAUCAAGUGGUGCUAUGAUCCUGUGCCUGAGGGGUGUAAAGAGAAGCACAAAACAGGCUUUUGCAGCUCCCCAGGAACCUCCAGCUCUGCCUUUUGUAUCCAUAACCAAUUCCAGGCACAGCUCCAAAGUGGAUGGCAACCUGGAAUUCCCUGGGAGGUUCUGCUACCCCUUUGUGGGUUCUGGCUGCAGCUCCCCUCGUGUUUCUCAGACAUGCAGUGACAUUUGUUGGUGAACAGGAGAGUCUGAAUGGGGCCUGAGCCUCCAGCUGUCAGGAGAGGCCUGAUGGGCACAUCUCAAGGGGCUUUGGGGAUUCAUGUGUCCUGCAGCCACUGUCCCAGUUCCAUAAAUUAGGGGCUGGAACCUGGAGCACACCUCUCCAUGCCACCAAUCA